AUGUCAUCUGAGGUUAAGGUUUUUACUCUUGAAGAUGUCAGAAAACACAAUAAGCCAGAUGAUCUUUGGAUUGUGAUUCACGAUAAAGUAUACGACUUGACAAAGUUUGCAUCUGAGCAUCCAGGGGGUGAAACUGUAUUAGAACAACAAGCGGGGGAUUACGGUACCGAACCAUUUGAAGAUGUAGGACACUCAUCAGAUGCUCGCGAAAUUAUGGAGCAGUACUAUAUAGGUGAAAUAGCACCUGCCGACCGUGAACGAAAAAGUAAAUUCACCUCUUCAUUCACACUAAAGAAAAUAGAUGACUUUAGUUUCACGAGAUGGUCUGGAUUACUUAUUCCAAUUGGUGUUGUAGUAGUAGCAAUCAUUGUGUACAAAUGUUUCGUAUGA